AUGCCAAAGACACAACUUCGAGCUCAACUUGAACGCCAGAAUUAUGGCGCCUCUGUUUCAAAUCUCAAAAACAUCUCUUGCUCCACUCUCAUCCCUUCCUCUUCUUCCUCCCAUAACCCUCUACCUCCGUCUCCCUGCCCCGAGCCCACUCUCACCAAUUCCCCUUGGACAGCAUUACCCAGAAUCCCCGGCCAACAUCGCCCUCCCCACACCCACACAUACAUGCACAAAAUGCUUAUCCAUCUUCGCCUGCCUUGUCAAGCGCCUCCUCAAAGACCCCGAGUAGACCGAAGUGUGAAACAUGUGAUGUGUAUGAUGGCGAAUAUGGUUACGACUGUGGGGCUGUCAGUAGUUAGACUGAUAAUGAUAAUAAAAGUCAUGGCGCCAUUGUUGGUGCCAACACAGAGAAGACAGACUUCUGUCAGCGUGCGUCGGACAAAUGGCUCGGUCUGCUGGCAGUUAACAAGAAGCGUCCCGAAAUUUGCCUCGUCGAGGGAACAAUUGGGUCCAAGAAGCAAGCUGGAAUGCUUCAAGACUGGGGUUGGAGGAGGGCAAUUCGAUUCUCCAGGAAUAAUUAUGAAUGUGGCCACUAAACGCGAUUGA